UCCACAGAUUCAGAUUCUAGUUUUAUUGUCUGUCUACCUCUAUUGUGUCUAUGUAUAUAAGAUGGCGGGUGAUGAAAGUGACAGUGAUCUAAAGCCGUCCAGUGUUGCGAUCAUAAGAGAAGUUUAUGAUAGUGAAAAUGCUCACAUCAAAUUUGAAAUGGAACUGGAAAGAGCACUGGAGGCCGGCGUUAGCGUUAUUGUGAUAGAACCAGAGCCUCUGGGAGAAGAAACAGCUCGCUGGAUAUAUGUGGGAAACCUCUUGCAUAAGGUUUCUGUUUACAGUGGACUCUGUAGCAUUGCAUCAGGUCUUGCAUGGAGUUCUUUAGCCUGUACACCCUUUGGGAUAAUGUCAGUACUUUGUGCCGGCUGUUACACACUGUCGUGGCAGUGGGAUCCUUGUUGCAAAUAUCAAGAGGAAAAGAACCGCAGACAUUUAUCCACAUUACCUAUGUUGAGUGAUCUUACAUCUGCUUCACCUGUUGUACUGGUACAUACAGACAAUAAACGAAAAAUAAUUUUACAUACAACAGUGUCAAUGACAGCAACCGCGAUAUGCUUAUGGAGACUAUACAAUAUUUUUAAGUAAAGAUGUAGUCUGCAAUAGCAUAAUACAUUAUGGCAUUGAGCUUAAUUUAGGAAGUCACAGAAUGCUCCAAAGCAAAUAUAUUAGUGCUUUCUAAUAAGUUGUUUUUAUGUCUGAAGUCUAAUAUUGUAAUUAUAUAAUUUGUUGUAGGAUGCAGUGUAAAAAUGUUAUAAAGUUAUUAAUUGUAGAGUUAGUUUAAAAGCCUGUACAAAAGAUAUUUUCUUGUAAUAUAAGGAUGCUUUUUAGUUAAUCAAAUGUGAUAGUGGUUUAUGAUGGAUUCUGUUAUAAAGCUAAGUUAACAGUGAUCUCAGAGAUAUAAUAUCCUCACUGUUAUCAUGUAAUAAAAUAAUGAUGCAAUAUAAA